AUGCAAAAGCAGUCAAUUUUCAAGAUCAGACAACUUAAAAUACUUUGUUUCAAGUUUUUUUUUCUUGGAUUAAGUCAAAAUGGUGCUAUCAGAAUUGAAUUACAAAGUGAUGAUGCUAAAACAUAUACAGAAACAAAUAAAUUCGAAUCAUGUUCAUCUGGAUAUCAAGAAGGAGGCUCUCUCUACUUUGGAGAACAAGGUGAAUUUGUUCAAACAAAAAAUUCAUUCAUUAACUCAACAAAUUUAGAUGCUGGAACUUCAUUUUCCAUACAAGUUUCAGAAAAACCAAAUUACAAAAAUCAUGCUAAUGAAACUUUAGUUUACAACUGCGGCAGUUCAGAACAAGUCUGCGGAAUUACUACAUUCAUGCUUUAUGGCUUUAUAAUCAUGAAUGAAUGCAAUAUUACACAAAAUAGAGUCAAACAAGAUACUGGAGGUUAUUUUACAGCAUCAAUUACCUCUGAUUCAUACAUAACUUGUGUCAAUGUCAUUGAAAACAAUCAAACAUACAAUGAAUUUAAUUGGCACUCAUCAUAUUCAUCAAUAUUUAAAGUUACUUCAGGUAAUUAUAUAAGAAAUAAAAGUCCAAAUGAUGGUUAUCUGAUUAAUUCUAGGUCUUCUGAUGUUUUCAUGGGUUAUUGUUGUAUUCGUGAGAAUGAAAUUCCUAACAUUUUUUGGGCAUAUUAUUCUACAAUAACAUUUGAAAAUUCAACAACAGAUAACACUACAUCAUAUGGAUAUCAAACUUCACCAAUAUUUAAGAACACAGAUAUUUCAUUUGAAAACUAUUGUCAUCUUUUGAAAAUAGAAUUCCUCGAUUCAUUAAAAGAUAAAUGUCUUCAUUCAAAUUCUCAAAACAAGACUGAUGAAUUCGACAAGUUUUGGAAAAUUUAUCGCAGACGAUAA